UACGCGGUCCCUUGCACAGGAAAACAGCCUACAGAGAUACCUGUAGACAACUAAAUUCCACACAAAACAUACGCGUUUCGAAAAACCGAAGAGAAGGCUGUGAGAUAUCGUCAUUACGUUUAUAUAAAGAACAUAGACGGUUAUUGCAUAUAUGGAAACGAAGUUUCGCGUACUGUGGUUUUCAAUUAAUACGUUGCUACCUGUUGAAUGCAUUAGAUCGACUAUAUGAUAAAUUGGGAAAACCUGGACUAUGUGAAUGUGAAUCUGUGUUGUGUUUGUGUUGAAAACUAUCUGUGUGUGUGUCGAAAAAGAAUAUAUUGACAAACAACAAUAUAUAAACAAACAAUUGAAACUAACAUAAUACGAAAUACUUCGGUCAGACUGAGCUAUUCGAGGCACUUAUCAAAUACUCUAUAAGAAUUGACAGAACUUUAUGGUUUGAACUUUCAAUUGUGAUAAAAAGUAUUUUUUGGAAGCAACAAAUUUCAAGAAAACUAUAGGUUAAGUAAACACUACAAAUAAAAUCUGUGAUUAUAUCUUCUAUAGGAAGAUAAGAUUACUCGAUUCUUUAAGCCAAGACGAUAAGAAGAAAUCUAAAUAACUCAAAUUAUUGUUAAAUCUGCGAUUUUUACCUGGAUACAACAGGUGGAUCACGUGGCAACAUUGUUAAAACUUUUCGUAAACUUGAAGAUGACAUUUUGAAGUGUAUUUUGUGGAUAAAUGAGUAUUGAAUCAUUAAAUAUGAUCGGGCCACAUCAUGUCUGUGUUCUGUAUGCGGCUACAGCCGGUCUUCAGGGACCUCUUAUGGGAUCUGACGAACAGGAGAUUGUCUUACUGAUCUAUGUAAUCAUCGAUCAUGUACAAAAUAAGAUCGUGGGCGUGCAGCAGUACCCAAUCAGGCCGCAAAUGGCCGACAUGAACGAGAACGUCCUCUCCGAGCAGCUGGCCAACGAGUCGGUCCUGACCGACGAGCUGAUCAAGCAGGCAGGAAGGAGACUGGAGGACGCCCUCGAGGAGUUCGAGGCCUACUGCUCCAGCCUGCACAUCGACCCCCACAACUCGGGAUUCAGACUAGUCACAGACGGGCAACUUCCUCUUAGGCAAUGCCUACACCCAGAAGCCUGUCGCAAAGAAAUAGAGCUCCCUUCUUACUACACAACCUUCCACGACCUGAGGAAAGAGGUAUGCAGGUUUCUUGGAAAAACCGAAGAAACGCCGCAAAGCGUAGCAGACAUGUUAGAUUGUUUACAGAUCAAAGCAGAGGCUGAGAAUGAGUUCUACAAAAAAGAAGCUAAAGACAUGGUGAACAUUGUACAAAAAUUAAUUUUAGAUGGACAUAGAUUUGAUGCACCGGAAACAGUUAAUUUGAUCCUGGAGCCGGGUAUCUGUUCGAAAGACGAUGAGAUUGACAGCAAUUGUGUGGUGAGGGCUAGAGGACUUCCUUGGCAGAGCAGCGACCAGGAUAUUGCCAAGUUUUUCAGAGGACUUAAUGUGGCUAAGGGUGGUGUAGCACUUUGCCUGUCACCACAAGGAAGACGUAACGGAGAAGCUUUGGUACGAUUUAUUAAUCAAGAACAUCGAGACAUGGCCCUCAAAAGACACAAGCACCACAUAGGCUCCAGGUACAUCGAGGUGUAUAGAGCUUCUGGAGAUGAUUUCCUUUCCGUCGCAGGUGGAUCUAAUUGCGAAGCGCAGGCGUUUUUGUCUCGUGGUGCAGCUGUCAUUGUCAGAAUGAGAGGUCUGCCCUAUGACUGUACUGCGAAACAAGUGUUGGAAUUCUUCUCGUCGGGAGAGAACUCCUGUACCGUGCUAGACGGUAACGACGGCGUACUAUUCGUCAAAAAGUCCGAUGGCAGAGCCACCGGAGACGCUUUUGUCCUCUUCGCCAGUGAAUCUGAUGCUCCUAAAGCUCUCUCGAAACAUAGGGAAUGCAUUGGUUCGCGCUACAUCGAGUUAUUCCGGUCUACAACCGCUGAAGUGCAACAGGUUUUGAAUCGAACGUUAGACCCAAAAGUUUACGAAACUCCAGCCCCAAUUCUACCUCCAAUUCACCCUGUGCCUUUAUUGCCGCAACAUAUUAUCACUUCUGGGACACGAAAAGACUGCAUUAGAUUAAGAGGUUUGCCUUACGAAGCCCAGGUCGAACAUAUUUUGGAUUUCCUGGGUGACUAUGCCAAAAAUAUUGUCUUUCAAGGUGUACAUAUGGUCUACAAUGCUCAGGGACAACCAAGCGGCGAAGCUUUCAUUCAGAUGAAUUCCGAACAAUCGGCAUUCUUGACAGCUCAACAGAAGCACCAUCGCAACAUGGUCUUCGGGAAGAAACAACGUUAUAUAGAAGUAUUCCAGUGCUCAGGCGAAGACAUGAAUCUCGUGCUUACGGGUGGAAUCCCAGCACCAGUAUCACCAGCAAAGACGGCUCCUGCUCUACUCAGUCCCGGUAUGUUGCCUUCAAUUGCUCCCUUACCUCCAACUAAUAUACCUCCUCCACCACCUCCAAGCACUUCUGUGGUCAGUAGUCAGGUUCAUCAGAGUUUAGUCACAACGGCCCCGACAACUCAGACUUUGGGUUGGGACAAUCAGAGUUUUCUUGCUCAAGAACAAGCCCAUCAGGCUCAGAUGAUUGCGCAUCAGAAUUUAAUCGCUAGGCAAAACCAGGCCGCUCAAAUGCAAAAUCAAAUGCUCCUCAUGAAUCAGAUUGCUCAACAUAACUUAGCCGUUUUAAAUCAACAGAACCAGAUGGGUACGGUCUCCCCAGCUGGCUCCGCUCUACCUUCUUCUAUGAUGAAACCACAAAUGUCUUUCAUGCCCCACUUGCUUCCGCAAACUCAUCAUCCCUUGGUCUUCCUACCGCCUAGGUUUGGUAUGCAUUCAUUACCUAUUCCUAGACCACAAAUGUCCUAUCCUCAUCAACUCAUGCCUGGUGCAGGUCCUGGAAUGUAUCCACUGGUUCCCCAGACCCCUGUAGCUGUUAAAAGAUCGUAUUCGGAUGCUUUCACAGAGCAAAACCCAUCAGCGAAAAGAGCGUACAUACAGCCGAGUAGCGGUACAAUUUAUCAACAGUUUUAUCCAAAUAUGUAAGGAUAACUGUUAUUCAUUAUAAUGCUCAACAUGUAAUAAUAAGAAGGCUGGCAGAAAACUCUACAUGAAGAUUUUAUAUCAUAAUUUGUUAAUUAUAAUCCAAAAUCUUCUUGUCUAAUUUUUUGAGGACAACCUUGUCUUUUAUCAAAUCCAACAGCGAGUAGAUAUGUUGAUAGAUCUUUUAUUCAUUAGUUUUUUAUUAUUUUCUAAUUGACUACUAGUACUUGAUUAAGUUAUAAAAUAUUGAUUAAUUUUAUUAGUUGAUCGUUAUCGUUGAAAUUGCAAUUGUACUUAUGUACCUACGUGAAAAAUUCUGUGACAACGUUCUAUAUAUAUAUUUGAAUAGUUGUAAAAUAGUUUGAGUUGCGAUUUUUGUGCUUUGGUGAUAAUUCUUUGGACCACUUCUAUUCGAUAUUAAGUAGUUAUUUGUUGUUAUCAUUGUAAUAUAUAUUAUAUAAUUAGUUAAUGAUAGUUACUCGAUUUCAUUUGAAUUGAUGGAAUCAAAUUAUUCAAACAAAUCUCUUUCAUGCGACGAAAUUCAUCGUUAUGAGGUUGUGAUUCCACCCUGAAACGGCAUAUGGACGAUCUCAAAGGAAAAAAAAACUCCACGACAUUCCGAAUAGAAUACUUCCUCUAGUUUUUCCCCUAGUUUGACUUAAUUAAGUGAUAAAAUAAUUACACAUAGCAAACGUGCCUUGAAAUGAGAGCAAAUAUUUUUCUCUGAUUGUCUUAUGAGAUUACUGAUGAUGCUCAAAAAAGACUUGUUCUAAUGAAAGAACAACUUAAAGUCGGUAUUCAAUUCACUCAAUGGAUAAAUAUUCCUCUUUGAUAUGGAUGAAACUCUGAAGAACCUGACCCUCUUGCUCAUUUUGCGGUUGCGGAAGGAAUAGUGCCUUUAUUAUGUUGGGACGAACAUAUGUGAUCAUAAAAACAUUCCAAGUAGUUGUUUGUUAGUAUAUACAUAUAUAUACAUAUCGUUAUUUUGAUAUUCUCUUUAUUAUAGAUGAUGCAUCUAUUUUUCCAUUUUUAUAUUGACUUCGUACGAAUUUAUAAAUGUUCAGGCAGCUUUUGUUAUAACAUAAUAUAUGAUUGUUGCAACUAAUUAGUUUUGGAUUUGGGUGUUUUUAUUAUCUUUUUCUGGUAAAGAGACUAAAAUUAAACUGGAAAUAAUCAAUGGUCGCAUUCGAAAGUUAAAACUGAAAUUUAAACUGCUGAUAUAAAUUUAAAAAUAAUAAUCCUCUUCGAAAGAUUUUUUGAUUAUCUCCAGUCAUUUCACCCACAAAAUGGGUAGUACUGAAUGGACAAUAUGUUGAGUUGAUUUAAAAUUUUAGAAAUGUACAAAAAAGAAUGCCCACAUAUUGAGAGAUAUAUUUUUCAUUUGUUAUUAUGGCUCUUUAAUAUAUAUAUAAACAUUAUUCCGACGGAUCAAGAAAAAUGAUUGGAAUUUGAGCAAUGUUUUAAUUGUAGGACCUUAGAAUAAGCCUCCUUGUAUUUUCCUUAGCUUACGCUAGAUUCAAUGUGUUUUGGUGUGUUCCCGCCUUACAUAUCUUAACUUGGUGUUGGUUGGAGUUUUGUAGCUUGGGUUGUUAGAGGUGGUAUAUAUAUUUCUGAUAUACUUGGAUAGCAGGAUGAAGAUGAAUCCCAUUUUUUUUUGGUUGUUAUUAAUUCGACAUAUUAUUCUGUUAAGUACCGAAAUGAAUCGAAAAUUACUAGACAUAAUAUGAAUAUCGCUACAAAACUUCACCGUGCACACAAGUUGAAAUAUGUGGUCUCACUAUUAAAGAGCAACCUAAGCAGAAUGUUUGGUUUAUUGGUGUUCAUUGGUAUUAUAACUAACAGCUCAAAUUCUUUAACUUUGCUGCCCAUUUCUCCAGCAUUCAAUUUCUGAUUUACUAACUUGUUUUCAAGGAGUCUUGAGGUCCUUUGAAAUAUCUAUCAUCCACUUUUUCUGAAACGUCGAAGCAUUUUUGCCUAGGAUAUGUCGAGGUGUUGGUAAUGUUAGUCGUUCAUGAUUGUCGUUAAUUUAUAAUUUUUACUGUUACCAAAAAAAACGUUUGAAUUUUUUGAUUUCUCCUAUUUUGUUACAAAGCUGGACUGACAGGUAGUUUUGAACUUGGUAUAAACAUGGACAAUCAAUGCAAUCAUCAAUUACUACUAAAAUACACUUGGUUGUAUUUUGCGAGAUUGUCUUGUGUUUUAUCAACAGAUGGUUUUAUAUACAGAUUUUUUUUAUUAUUUGAAUUGUUUUUGUACUUGUUGAGGAUAUACUGCUCAAGGUUUCUCAUAGUAUUCAUAUCGGAAAAGCAUGUUUAGGUGUUACUAAUCUCGAAUAAGUAUUCCUCAGGUAGUAGAGGUUUCAUAAUGUGAUUGUGUAAAAGGAGUGAAAUUUGGAAUAUUGGGAUAAUAUUUCUGCAAGUAUUUAAAACAAUUCAUAUUGAUAUUACGUAAGAUAAACUUUUUGUGAUAUGAAAAACAAGAAUCAAUUGAAGUGGAAGAAAAUAAUUGAAUUGAAUAUUUUGGUGAAAGUACCCAAAUUUAAAUAAAUUGUUUUUCCUAACAUUUCUACGAUUGUGAUAUAAAGUUUAGACGAAAGGCCGAAAAGUUUAAUCAUAUAACUUUGAAUUUUAUGGAAUAUAAUAAAAGUGAUGACACAACAAUAGUAGAUAUUGGCUAUUAUAUUCGAAAUGCUGCAGACCAGUAUAAUCGCUAUAAAAAAGCUCUAUAAUGUUUCAUUUGACAAAAGUAUAAAAAAUACAAUUCUUUUCCGGAAUGAAUGAUUCAAUACACUCAAACUAGUUUUGAUAAUACAAAAUAAUUUCGGUUUUUUUUUGCUUAUUUUCGAUUCGAGUACGUGGUUCGCCAUUCAGAAAAUUGUGGAACGAUUUAUAUUUCUGGAAAAAUCAGGGCACGCUUAUCAAAAAGUGUCAUCAAAGCUACAUUGACUAGCGGAAGUAUCCAAGGAAGUUAAUAUUUUUUUAACUCUUUGAACACAUUAUUUCCUGUACUGUAUGCAGCAGCUCUGUUUCAUUUUAUAAUUAUGUCCUUAUUAUUUACACAAUUAAUAAAUGUUUGUCACAUUAA